UACAAUCAUAGUUGCUUCUCAAAUAACAUUUCUUAAUGUGUAUUUAGUUAAAACAAAGAUUCACUAAUGGCUGAUAAUUUCGGUGCUACUGGGAAUAUGUGCCGGUUUUGCUUGUGCCGAGAUGGUCUAAUAUCAUUCUCGGAAGCAACGAGUAGCGCUUUAACUUUCGAAGAUGUACAAUACUAUACCGGCAUUGAGCUAUCUGCAGAUGAGGAAUUUGUUCUGUGUAACGAUUGCUGUGUAUCAAUAAACGAAUCAGCGAAUUACCGUCGAACAUGUUUACGAAAUGAUACCAUAUUUGAACGGCUCGUUCGCUUGCGCAAUAGGAGUGCAUUGGCCAGUGCUACAAUAACACGCGCCCCUGCAGAAGUUGCUAGUGUCCAAGGUGCUGAAUUUACGGUUAUAACUGUAGCCGAAAACCAUGCAAUAUCACUGGACGACUCGGAAUCCAAUGAUGUGUCUUCGCUAUCUCAAGAAGUAAACCAGGAUCCAAUUAGCACUGCCAACGAAGUGCCGGAAACCGGAAAUACCCACACCGACGAGGAAUCGGAUGUAAUAGCAUUGGAUGAGUCCGAUAAUGACUCCGAUUAUUCGAUGCCUUCCCUUUACGGGGAAGUAAUGGGAGAAGUUUUGAAAAAGGAAAAAAGGACCAAAAUUGAGAAAAGCAGCAUCGAGAUGGUGCUUUGCGUGCCACCGUCUAGUCAAGGAGAUGGAAAUGAUUCCGAUUGUUCAUUACCAUUGCUUUAUGAUGAACGCACGAUUGCAGAACGGAAUAAAUCCCAACGCAUGACCUUCCAGCAAUUGGAAGAAAAGUACAAAUGCCCUUAUUGCGAUUCUGACGAACAACCUUUAGGCGCCCACAUAAGAUGGGAGCACAGCAAAUCCAGACGAAAGCUUCUUGUUUGUCUCUAUUGUCCCAAGAAGUUUCGAACACCGAGAGAUAUCUAUCGACAUAUAAUAAUGUGUCAUGAAGAACCUUAUGGUCGGCCAAAUGAUUCUACCGACGAACAAUGAGGAAAAGGUUUCGCCAAUAAUGCUCCAUAUCACGUUCAUAUGGUAUUGUUAUUUUACAGUCUGUACAAUUUAGAAAAUUUAAUAAAUCUUAUAUACUGUUUAAGGUUAACGUUCACGGAAAGUAUGAGUGCAAAACAUGUCACAAG